CAGCUGGUGGAGUUAGUGUAGGUGUGACGUUCUGUGGGUGUAAAUUAUAGAACGCUGUGUUGUGUUUUUCAGUAUUUAAAACAAAUGGCUGUGAUUAAACUGUUGUUUUUUAUUUUUGUGAUGAGUCAUGAAACAUUCGAACUGGAUACGUCAAAUUGUAUAUUUAAAGUGUCUAAUUCUUCUGCAGCAUCCUAUUUCGAUUUAUCUAGUCUUUCCAGACAAGUGUGGACCAUCAAAGUAGCUGAUGAAAGAAAACUUGAUGGCAGUAGAAAUAGUAGAGGUGGCAAUCGGACACUGUUUGCAUUCAUGUCACCAUGCAGUAGUGUGAAAAGUAGAAGUAAUGUGGACUAUUGUCCAGAUGAAAGUGCCUCCGUUUGUAUUGCACAGAAGUCUGGUGGAGUAUGGAGUAGGGAACUGCCCAACCUAGGAACGGAUGUCCUCAACAAACAUUCUUUUGCAAAUGGUACACUGAAGGUUAUUUUGAAUGGAAAGGAGAAAUGUGUGAACGACAAAAAUUAUGAAACCGAAAUACUAUUUUCAUGUGUCGAAAAGUUUGAUGGUCCACUGAUGGCCCGGCUGAGUGAUUGUAGUUUCACUGUAUACUGGCCUACAAAAAUAGCUUGCCCUUUAAAAGGUCCAGAUUCAGUGCUAGUUGAUCGAUGUCUGCUACAGACUGAAGGAGAGAACUCUGGAGUUGUUGAUCUACGUCCACUCCGUCAUCCACAGUAUUAUUCUGUCCAUUCACCUGACGGUGGAUUAUUUUAUCUGAAUAUAUGUGCAACAUUAAAGAAUUCAACUUGUGAUGGCUCGACAGCUUGUAAACACACCAAAAAUGGAACUGUUGUUAUUAUUGGAAGUACCAAAGGCACUAAUGUCAGAAUUGCUGAUGAUGGCCCACUGCUGGUAUAUAAAGCAAAAGGUGGAAUACUAACUCGAGUGGAAUUCGUUUGCAACGUUAGUGUUCCAUUUGGAGAACCUACAUUCAGAUCAGAAGUGGGAAAUACAUAUACAUUUGAAUUUCAGUCUUCACAUGCUUGUCCUAAGGGAAUUGUGGACUGUGUUGUUUAUGAUGAUCAAGCAAACAAAUUUGAUCUCAGUAAUUUAAGAAGAGAGAUUGGAAAUUGGGAAGUUCGUGCAGAAGUCCACGGAAGAAUGAAUUCAACAUUUUUCAUAAAUGUCUGCAAAUCUCUCAAUCCUGUACGGAUGUGCAAUUUUAAAGAUGGACCUGUGGGAGUAUGCCAGACUACUGAUGCUGGGACAGCCAUAAAUCUAGGCAUGGUAAUAAAAGGACCUGAAGUUACAAAUGGUAUGUUGCAGAUAAGUUAUUCUGGGGGAUCAUUAUGUCCAAAUGGUGAAGGACGGUAUCGAACUAUAAUUAAAUUUCAGUGUACAAAUACCAAAGGAGCACCAAUAUUUGAGAGCCAGUCAGCUGAUUGUGUGACCUCGUUUAUUUGGCCAACCAACAUUGCUUGCCCUAUGAAGGUUGCGAAAGGAGAAAAUUGUAUGGUGGUGGAACCAAUUUAUAGCCAUCAGUUUGAUAUGACAAGCUUGCAUAACAGUAAAGCUGACUAUGUUGUGCAAACUGAAGUGGGAAGUUUCCGCAUCAACUUGUGCGGAUCUCUAGUUGCACCAUGUGAUAACAAGGAAAAUAUCAGUGUAUGUUUGGAAAAGGAAGACAAACAGCAGAUAGCUGUUGGUUACACGACAAAGGAAAUAAGCUACGUCAAUGGAGGAAUCCGCAUAGAACUUCAUGGAGAUGAUUGUAUUCCAGGAGAGAGCAGUACAGUACUUGUGCUUCUAAUGUGCAACCAUCAUGGCUACUUGAGUAGCACCAAACCAAAAUUUGUGUCUACAUUGUCAGAUUCGUGCAAAUUUCUCUUCAUUUGGGAACUGCAACUGGCCUGCCCUUCGCAUGAAGAAUAUCCAUGCACAACAACAGAUAAGGAAGGAAAUGUUUAUGAUUUGAGUAUUCUUUCGAAUCCAGCCAGGAAUUACAAAAUUCUGAGGAAGACUGACACUGGAAUGCUGAAAUAUCUUAUAAAUAUAUGUCGACCGUUGGUAUUCAGCUAUGGGGAGACAUGCGAAUAUAGCUCUGGCAUGUGCGAGUACAACAUGUCUGAACCACUUAUCUCAAACAAUUUCAGGAAUUUAGGAGACGUCACUGACUCAUUAGGUCCCUCAUUCGAAAAUGGUGUCUUGACUUUGCAGUAUUCUAAUGGAGCUAUGUGCCGUGAUCCAAAGAGUGAUGUGGGCCAUUAUUCCACCACAAUAACAUUUUACUGCAACCCAUAUGAACUGAAUGAACCUGUCUUCGAGGAUGUUGUGUCAUGUAACUACAAAUUCUCUUGGAGAACAGUAGCAGCCUGCCCUGUAGGAAGUAUUCAUAAUGGCACAUUUCCAAUCCACAACAAUGGAAACUGCACAGCAGAGAACUUCUAUACUAAACAUCUGUUUGAUUUGACAUCACUAAUGAGCAAAGAUUACAAUGUUACAUCAGAAUCUGGAGAUGUAUUACAGUUUAGUGUUUGCAGAAUCUUAGAAAAAUCUCCUUGCGAAAAUGGAACAGGUGCCUGCAUUCUUAAAAACAAUGAUGAACCAAAAUCUAUUAGUGCUGGUAUUGGAAAUGCCAACUUGGAAUAUCGAAUAGGUGCUUUAUUUCUGAAUUAUUCUGAAGGUGACUUAUGUGACGUAGGUGUUCCAAGAAACACUUUAAUAGAAUUUAUUUGUGGAAUGGAGAAUGUAACUGACGGGCCAAAGUAUGUUGAUACAACUAGCAACUGUACAUCCAUGAUCCAUUGGUUCACACAGUUGGCAUGUGAGAGUCAUGUCGACUGCGUGCUCCGUGAAGGUGAUUGGGAGGUAGAUUUAACAUCUCUGUCACGAACUGAGAACAGUUACCACAUUAUCAAUGGGAAAUCAGAGUUCUUCAUCAAUGUAUGUGCUCCCAUAACACCACUUUCUGGACUGAGCUGCCCUGGAGGCUCAGCAGCGUGUAUUGCAGAACGAGAGCUUGAUGGAAGUCUAGUUAAUGAAUCGAGUCUGGGCUACCCAGUAAUCACCCCCCGUAUGGACAACAAAAAGGUCAUUCUGAAGUACUACCAUGGCUCUUCAUGCCCGUUUGGACAAGAAGUUAACCUAAGUUCGUCCUUUGUAUUCAGCUGUGAUCCAAAGGCUGAUCCAGGUCAGCCAGUGUUCAAUCAAAUAGAGGACUGUGAAUAUCAGUUCUCUUGGAGAACUAAAGUGGUAUGUGGUUCUCACAACAUGCCAUCAUGUACUUUGGUUGACAAAUCUCAGGAAUUGGAUCUUUUUGACAUUACUCCGCAAAGUGAAUAUGAGAUUACAUCAUCUUACAUAAUGCGGUUGUGUACUGUUGAAAGCGUUUGUAAUGGAAUCGUCUGUAGACAAAUUAACAAAACAUGGGAGUCACUUGGAAAUGAAACAACACUGCAGUAUGAUGACUCUAGUAAUUCUCUACACAUAUACAUCACAGGAAAUGCUUGUCAAGGUGCUCAAGGUAAAAAUUCGAGUGCUCACAUACAAAUUAUGUGCAGUGAUGCUGCGACUGCGAGAGACCCGUAUAUAAUGAGUCAAAAUGAAUGUGAUGUUACUAUUGGAUGGAAUUUACCAGCAAUAUGUCAAAUAAUCCAUGAUCAUGCAGCACAUCAUGACGUCUCUAGUGGUGGUAUAAACACAGCUGCACUUGUGGUGAGCAUGCUCUUCAUUGUCAUCAUAAUAACACUUGGGGCAGUUUUGAGAAAGCAACAGAAUCGUAUUCGCUGUAGGAACUUUUUCAGUUGCUUUGCACUAUCAAGAUACAGAGGCCAUAACUUCUACUCGAAGGCGAGUGAUGAUAGCAGUGACCUUUAGGUGAAGGGACUGGACAUUCACCACAGUGUAGGGCUUUCAGACAACUCAGUUCGGGUGGAGAAGUGAGGAUGAUGAAUGCUUCAGCUGAUACUGGAUUUGGUGAGAGCGAUGAAGAAAUGAUUAGGAUUUGAGCAUUACAUUUUACCAAUGAUGCAAUCAAGCACAAAAAUUAGAAUC